AGUGAAAGGAAGUGGAAGAAACGCGGAACCAUGGCCGCUAUGGUUGCUGCUUGCGGUGGUCUAGGGAGGAAGAAGUUGACACACCUGGUAACGGCUGCUGUCAGCCUUACACAUCCCGGGACUCACACGGUGCUUUGGAGAAGAGGUUGUUCACAGUAUAAACAGGUAUCCAGCAACGAGGACCUGCCCAUUCCAAUGGAAAAUCCUUAUAAAGAACCUCUUAAGAAAUGUAUCUUGUGUGGAAAGCAUGUAGAUUAUAAGAAUGUACAGCUUUUGUCCCAGUUUGUUUCUCCAUUUACUGGAUGCAUUUAUGGAAGGCACAUUACAGGUCUUUGUGGGAAGAAACAGAAAGAAAUCACAAAAGCAAUUAAGAGAGCUCAAAUAAUGGGGUUUAUGCCAGUUACAUACAAGGAUCCUGCAUAUCUCAAGGACCCUAAAGUUUGUAACAUCAGAUAUCGGGAAUAAAUUCUAUCACGUUACCACUAAUAAACUUAUUUUACAGUAAGUGGUUGUAUGAUGCCAAUACUGACUCAAACCAACCUUUGGAUAGAAAAGUGUUUCAGGAGUGAGGUAAAGAAUGACACUUCCCCUUCAUACCAAUGUCCAUUAAGCAGAUUGCUUAUUUAAAAUGUUAACACUCAUCACAUUUUAUAUAUGUUGAAUAAAAGUGGUUCUGUGUGAUUGUCAUUUA